UCUCUCUUCGCAAAUGGCGUAAGAUUUAAAAUCGGUCGUUUAAUUAUUUUCUUUUAAAUUGAUAUUAUUAUUGGAUAUGUUUGGAUACUAAAUUGAUAUUGAAAUAUCAGAGAGAAAAGAAACCAUAUAUAGACUAUCAAGGACUUAUUAUUACUUAAUCAAUUGCCAAUUGGAGAUAGAAUACAAGAAAGUAUGGCUGCCUCAUCAGCCGACUUGGAGACCACUUCACUGAAGUCGAACAAGUCAAGUACAAUAAUGCAAUGGAUGCUGACAAAGUUUCAUGUCAAAGAAAAAGAAUCACUUUUAGCUACCUUCAGAAAUCAGUUGGAAGAUAAUCGCACACUAAAGCGAAGAUCAUCGUUAUUGUUGAAACAGCAUGAAAGAAAAUUUCAUCCAUCUGUCACAUCAAAUCUUGCUCUCAGUCUUAAUAACAAAACUUACAAAAAAUUAUCAGAGGAAAUCAACUCUCUACUUCCACACUAUGCAUCUUCAUGUUCUUGCAAUAAAUCGAACCAACUUGAAAAAAAUCUUCCUCCCAUUUUGCAGAGUUUAUUAACUGCAUCUCAUAAGUGUGACAUUUGCAUUAAAAACAGUGAAAAUGUUUGUAAAAAUCCUGCAACAAAUUGUGAAUAUGCAGCAUCUGUUGAUAAAGUUUCAGCUUCUGAUGACAAUUUAUUGAGAUGCCAAAAUGAUGGUUUGCCAUGUUUGAGGGAAGUUCAAUCUGAUGAUGAGACAACUGCAUCCAACCUGCCUGUUUUUUUUGAAGAAAAUAGCAGACAACAUGCGUCAACAAAUUCAGAAGAUCCAAAAUUGAAAUGUUCUUGCUGCUCUGAUGGGGAUGUCAAAUCAAAAAUUUCACAACUUGAAGAAGAAAUAACUGAGCUGAAGAAACAACUGUCAUCCAUUGUUGCCCCAAAUUAUCACAUUCAAUUCCCAACGUUAGAUCAAUUUGAUGUUUGUUGCCCAGCUGGUCCAUUUGCGCCACCAAUAAAAGCAUUGCCCCCACCACCCCCACCGCCCCCGCCUCCACCACCCCCAGCACCAAAGGAGUCCUACAUGUCCAUAUCUCAGAUCAUCAAAUCGAAAAGGCGAAAGAUUUUGGGAUCUGUGAAUGAGGAUAAUCGCAUAAACAUGACUGAAUUGUUGAAGGGUAUGAAGGAUGUCAAGUUGAGACAGGUGGCAAG